ACUGACGUCAAUACGAACCGAGUCAUUUUGGGCAAUUAUUUUAAAACACACAUCCAGACACUUUAUUAAGACCAGAGAGAAGUAAAAAUUGUUGGCUGGAGCAUAACGAAAACGUAGACAUUCUGCUUGAAGCAAAGUAAAUGAGCAUGUAUGGAAAUUAGAAAAAAAGUGGUCACACGAAGUCUUCGAUUGUUACGUGUCAAGAUUACGCAGCGAAACUAAUUAUAAAAUCUCUUACUCAAAAGGGGACUGAGGAAUGCAAUGGACAUAUCGGAACUUGUCUUCAAAGGAAUGUAGAAUUAUUUCUUUUUUGUUCCGCGUGUCAACAAAGAAUGAAUACCGACAGGCAUGUCAAUCAAAGACGGGUGUGACAUACAAAGCUAUUAAUGUCGAAACCAUGGAGUCACAAACAUCAACAUGUAAAUCACGCGAGAUCACUCACGCAUCGCUACAUACCGAAGGAUCGUGUUUCUAAGGAAGUCAUCUUGUCUGGUGUUAGUUUCGCCAUGGUUUUCUUUACGUUCUUCAGCGGGAUUUUUACCAGGGUCAUAUUCCUUGUUCACGGAGGAAUAAGCGUAUAUCUUGUGGUUCAAUACAAGAACGAUCCGGUCUACUGGUGGCUAUGUACGGGAUUGUUCUUUCUACUCGUUGAAUCGUUUUACACAAUCGUCAUUCGGAAAGGGCAAGAGUAUAAAUAUAUCUGGCCCGGCAGUUUAUUGUACAUGACAACAGUGUUACCUGCUAUUUGGGUUGCCGAGUUAGCCAUCUUGGAAGAAAAGACCGCUUCUGGUGUGGAUAAUUGUGAACUAAUUGCUGCAAAAAGUGAUUUCACUAUUGGCAGAGGUUUGAUAACUAUCAGAACAGAUUCUGGACAGUUGGCACAGAAGUGGUCCAAGCUUGGCCUUAUCCUACUGAUCAUCGUAGGUCGAUGGCUGCUUCCGAGAGGAGAACUAACACGUGAUCAACUAUCCUCUUUACUUCUAGUGUAUGUGGCGAAUGCCGCUGACAUUAUGGAACUCUUUGAGGUGUUCGAUCAGGAACCUGCACUGUGGUGUGUAAAGGGAGUGGCUUUAGCGGUACUCGCGACAUACACCUGGUCCUUUAUGCAGUUCACUCUUGUGUUCACUGCCACAGCAGAAACUGUCCCGGACGACAAAAAACUGGAGACAAAGUCGCCAUUUGCAGAGGAAAACAAAACAGAGAAAUCAAGAAGUGGCGGUCAGACCAAGUUACCAAAGUAUAUUAAAAAGCUCAUUAGACAGAAGCAGAAAGACGAGCUGGACAAGAUUGAAAAAAACACUGAUUUACGUGCUGCGGUCAAUCAAAUGAAACAGCUCAAGCAACUCAAGGCUUACAAAGAUCGCGGACGACAAGCAAGAUUCUCUAUCCAUGAUACAGCGUUAGAAGUUGUACAGGUACAAAGAGAAGUCAGACGAGAGGAAGAAAUCCUUGAAAAUCACAUCAAGCAAAAACAGAAACUUAAACUUCACGGUGACUUAUACUCAAUACUGACUUUAAUGUUGAUGCAAGACGGGCCGUUUCUGAUCGUGCGCCUGGUGUUAAUCAUUGUGUACGAUGUUAAAGCUACAUUGCAUAUCUUCUUCACUGGCAAGAACGCUAUGGCGUUGUCCUUACUUAUUUACAGAUUGGUGAUUUUGCUCAAAGAGUCCUACGAGGACGAAGACGAAGCUGAGAAGGACGGUGAAUUUUAUGAGAUGGCGAACGCGCCAGUGUAGAGCGUCAUUCGGCUUCAUUCAUCUGACGAACAUCCUAGGUGUAAUCUAUGGUUGUGAAUCCGUGAGCCAUACGCAUCGCAUAAAACAGGAGAAAUAGGGAAAUUAAAGGAAACCACGACGGCAACGCUAAUAUAGAAUGUCACAGAACAAAAGGCCUAAGGGAUGGACCAUUUCACUUUUGAGGGGCGGAAGUGGGUCUUUUUAAAACAAAUAUCCUGCAGCCAUACUUGUACCAAAAAAUUCAUGCACACGAUCACUGCCGAAAAAAAUUUACGCACGUUAAGUUAGCCGAAAGAAAGCGCAUGUUAAACGGAGAAAAAAAUAUCAUACAUACACACGUCUCGUCCCUGUACUAACUAACCCACACACCACUUAAAGGUCAAAUCGUCCACCUCUAAUGAGCAGUAACACGUGCGUUUUGAUUCUUGUUACAUUUCUUAGCCGUUAUCCGCUAAACAAACUUGAAAUAACAAAGUUAUGCGUAUUUUAAAGCAGGUGAACCGCCACGCCUAAUUUGUCGUAUUUUCUUUUGCAACUGAACUCUGUCAUUACAUAAGUAAACUGAGCAAAUUUUUAGACUGAUAGACGAACUGAACAGAUCUUCACAAUUGAAUUAUUCAAAGGUCAUUUUUUUUGACUUGGCGUUGUCCCCAGCGUCACCGUCGUCACUGCUUUAAUUCUUAAUUUCGACUUCUUUGCGUGGUACUGAACUUCUCAAGUGAGGCGUGGGGAAGAGGGAUGAUUUCGUACCAGCUGUGAGUUUACCCAAGUUGAGACGAUGAAACAAACACUGGCAUUUUCGGACAUUACCCCCAGAAUUAAGAUGCGUUUGUUCUCCGGCACAGCCGGAGAAUAAACUGCACUACGAUAUUUAUUUUAAUUGUCUUUUGCUUGUACUUUUUACUCUGAAAGUAUACCUAUGUCGAUGGUACUGAAACCCUCAAAAUAAUCAAGUUUUACCCGAACGUUCGAGUUUUAAUUCGAAAACUCGAUAUUUAUUUACCUAAUUUAUAGAUUUUAGAGAGCUUGAAAUAUUGAAGCAAUGGACUUGUAGUAAAGUUUAGACUUUUUAAUUUAUUAUUACGACUGUAAAUAAUCUUGUUUAUCAUUUAACCCCACUUUCGCUGCAUGCGUGUAAAGUGUAGUUCAAUAUUCAGUACACGGUGAUCGAAAAUCAGUCAUACCUGUAAAAUAAACUUACUGUGAAAGGA